AUUUAAACCUUUUGCAUCCGCAUCUUCAAUCAAGUGGACUAUGUUAAUUCAAAUUUACCACCACGGGCCUGUAAUGAGUCUUAAAAACAACGACACUGCACAAUAAAGUCACCCAAUCACAGAAAACAAAAUGCCAGGAGAGCUUGUGCUGGUUACUGGCGCGUCUAGCUCUGUCGGCGGAGCCAUCUUGCGUGCAAUCCUAGAAGCCGGCUAUCGUGUGCGCGGCACCGGCAGGCGCAUCGAUCAGCUCGAGGAGCUUCGAAGUGUUCCUAGCCUUCAAAUGCAUGAGCAAAACCUCGAAUUGGUUCAAGUCCCUGACAUGGCUGCUCCUGACGCCUUCAAAGAUCUGCUCCAAGGUGUUACAUAUGUAGUGCAUACAGCCUCGCCAAUGCCAACCACAGGAGUUCCUUCCAAUGGAGAGACUUAUGAUAGUCUUUACGUGCAGCCAGCGGUCAAAGGUGCAUUGUCUCUGCUCGAGACGGCCAGAAGGUAUCCAAGUGUGAAGAGGAUUAUUAUCACCUCAUCCAUGUCAAUUUAUUUGUCAGAGGGAGGCGAGAAUGAUGCAGAGAAAGAGAAAAUGCUACGUGAUGACGACAUUCAACCUGUUUCAACAAGCCCAAUCAAUGAUCCAUUGUGGGCGUAUCGUGCUUCGAAACUUGCUGCGUAUCACGCCGCAGUCGACUUCGUCAAGAGCGAGAAACCACAGUACGAGAUUGUACACAUUAUCCCGAGCUUUGUUGUAGGGAGAAAUGAAAAAGUACAUGUUUCAUCCGCGUCCUCAUCUGCUGCGUCGGAUGUCAUGUCUGGUAGCAAUGGUAUCAUCCUUUGCCCGUUGUUCGGCAUCAAAAGUCCACAGGGUGUACAUGGAGCCACUGUGCACGUGGAUGAUGUCGCAAAAGCCCAUACAGAGGCUUUAACAAAGGCAGAUGCUGGCGGUCAGAAUUAUAUCCUGAAUUCGCCGGAUUGGAACGCAGGCGCCACAUACGAUGACGCGUUGGACAUUGUCAAGAGACGGUUUCCAGACGAAGUGGCCUCCGGGGUGAUACCCAUGGGUGGAACGCUCCCGACAAUCCCAGUAAAGAUUGAUUCUAGCAAAGCGGAGAGAGCUUUUGGGAAAUUUAAAGGCUUUGAGGAACAGGUCGUUGAUGCGGUAGGACAAUAUGUGGAGAUGAGAAAGGCUGGAAAAUAACAGCCCGCAACUGCCCAAUCUCUAGAUGCACAACUUGCUCGAGUUCCUCCUAUUACCUCUAUGGCCGAAAGUAUCAGAGACUAUAGAUUUCACGUUUCUUGCGCAAUGAAAUUCUCUAUUCUUUGAUCUCAAUUGAUGUCCGUGGCAC